AUGACGGACCUGUCGCUGUUCCACUCCUUCCCCAAACUGCCGUUCGAGCUGCGCCGGCAAAUCUACCUCCUCGCGACGCCUCAGCGCGUCGUCCACGUUCAGGAGCGCUUCGACCCGUUCCCAUCGUACGAGGCUGCCCGCCAGGACUUUCACACGCACUGCGAGGCCCUCUGCACGCAGACGCAGGAAGAACAGCCUCGGCAACCACAGGGGACGGCCGCGAGAAGGUCACUCAGGGCAGACACCUUGCACCCUUCUCUGGCCUACCACGGCGCGACAUACCCCUGGAAGGUGCCACGCAAGCCUGGUGAGCCGGAGCCGGUGCCGCUCGAGCGGCUGCAGCGCAUGCUCGACCGGGACGGCUGCCCUCCCAAGCUGCUCUGGCAGACACACCGCCGAUCGCAGCUGUUCAGCCGGGCGCCCAUUCCGGCGUUUCUACACGUCUGCGCGGAGUCGCGUCAGGUGUUGAUAGAGAGCGGGUACGAGCUGGCCUUCGGCACAAGGGCAACGUGCUCCGACAAGUACACCGCGGCGCUAUGGGCGAUUGUGGAUAGACUUGACCCAGGGCACUUUAUCACAAGUGCAGAGGAAGGCGACGGGCCGACUUGGGCCGAGUACCAGGUGCUCUUCAAUGCUCGCGAGCACGGCGGUCUCACCUGGUUCAACUUUGCCGCCGACACGCUGUAUGUUGGAGACUGCGAGGACGACUACGUCACGGAGAGAGAAUUACCGCUGCUCUACGGGGACCGGGAAAUCCCGUGGAACCUGUCCGUUUUCCUCCCCCAGGACCUCACCAGGGCCAGGCGGCUCGCUCUGGGCGACAGCAGCAGGUUCGUCAACCACGCCGGCGAGGCCUGGGCGAAGACCCGCAAGCUGUGCAACCUGCUGAGGCUGUUCCCCUCGCUCGACGAGGUGCUGCUCGCCGAGUGGGCGCUAAUGGGAAGCCGCGAGCAGGGCCAUGGCCCGUCCAUGGACCAGGUCUCGCAGGACCGGCGCUCCCGCGCCAGCGAGCCCUGGUUCUACCUGCCCAUGUGCGACGUUGACAUCUUCUCGCGCUUGACGCUCAAGUAUGACGAGCGUCAGUACGAACACAUAGCCCUUGGAAGGGGCGCGUUGGCUUGUCAAACGUCCCUCCGGAAGAAAAGGAGGCCUGCUUUUGCUGCUUCUGUUGCUGCUGCUGCUGCUCCUGCCGCCACGCAUACCGCUGGAUCCUUCAGCUUUUUUGGCGAUAAUACCAGUGUAGAGUUGUUGGUAUCCCGGAUAACAGGACCAGGCAGAGAAGGUCCAACGCUCGCCUCCCCAUCUCACCUCGGCGGCAUGUGUCUCUGGUACGAGACGGACAUAGCAGACGGACUUCAGCGCAACAGCACGCAGGAUACGGCCGCCAUCAUGCCCAGAGCCGGAGGAUCCAAAACACCCAAGACGUGCCCGCGGGUUACUCUCGCGCACAUAGGCACCGAAGCCAUGCUCGAGACGCUUCAGGACGAGCGCGCCGCUGUGUGGGCGGACCCGAACCCCGGGCGGCGGCAUGAAAGGAACUCGGAACUGCCGUAUGGGUUGCAGAGCCUGACGCCGGGGGCUUGGAACGAGGAGAGAGGAUGGACAGCCGAGCUGGUGGAGGCGCCGAGGCGGGAGCAGGUCGUGUUUAGUGUGGUCGAGCGGGGCCUGAAGCGGGACAAGGUCGAUGUCAAGACGGUGCCAAAGGUGUUCAAGGCAACGCAAUUUCUUGGGGGUUGACCAGAGCCCUGAGGGCCGAGUCAACUUUUAUGUUGGACGAAUGCUUCGUACUUUAUUGGCUGGGGAGCCUUCUCUGUAACUGAGCGACUUCCGACCAACUUGACAAGCAAGGAACUCCAUACGUGGUCGUGUCGGCGGAUUGAUUUAAGAAUUUGCAAAUUGAGUCACAAAGUAUUAUAUUUGCUUCCAGAA